AUGUUGAAAGCCUUGCUCGCUGAGGAUCCAGAGGAAAGACCAAAAAUCAGACAUGUCAAAAGGAUGGAGUUCUUCAAAAGAGUGGAUUGGAAUAUGGUGACCGAGCAGGCCCCUCUAAGGAUCCCAGUGCUUGAUGACGACAACGAUCUCCGACACUCCCCGCAAGACGAGAAAGCCAAGGAUCCGGUGGAUGAUCAAACGGACUACAUCCAAGUGUGGAAUAAUCUUUUUAUUCCUCAAGAUACUAAAGUCACUACUCCAUUGUGA